AUCGAACCUUGCAGCCGUGACGACACACCAAGGACAGCCUUACUUAUGGACACGAAUUUGUCCUCUUGAAUUCACACCCCAAGUGUUGUCUGCGCUGUGUGCAACAUGACUGCGAGUCUGGACGUCUUGGUCCUCUUUUCAACUUUGGCAGCGGGGUAUCUCGGCUGUCUUUUGGUGUACAAUGUUUGGCUUCAUCCGCUGUCAAAAUACCCAGGACCCUUUUUCUGGCGCGCAUUUCGGCUGCCUUUUCUUACAUCAUUCAUUCGGGGACGAUUGCCGCACGACAUCAAAAAGCUGCAUGAACAAUAUGGCGACAUCGUCCGAUUGGCUCCAGAUGAGAUAUCUUUCAUUGAUUCUGCCGCUUGGAGAGACAUCUACCCGAAGAACUUCGUUCGCCCAUACGAGUAUAAGGAUCAGCCACCAGGGAAGACUGCAUCAAAUUUGAUCGCAUGCACCGAGAGAGAACACGCCCGUUUCCGAAGGAUCUUGGCGCCGGCAUUCUCAGAGCGAUACACAGCCGCACAGGAGCCUAUUGUUUCCAUGUAUGUCGACAAAUUAGUUUCGAAGCUAAACGAACGCAUCGACAACUCCGAGUCGACUUCCCGUGACUCAGCCAAUAUAGACGCUGUGGAGUGGAUCAACUACGUGGCGUUUGACAUCGUUGGAGACUUGGUCUGGGGGUCUUCGUUCGGCUGUCUGGAAGGUCUAACAACGCAUCCCUGGAUCCAGACCGUCAGCCAAUUUAAGGCAGCCACGAUAGUCACGUCUGCGAAAUUCUAUCCAUGGCUCUACGCAACGCUCAUGGCUAUCACGCCCUCGUCUGCGUUGAACGAGGUGAUGGAGAUGUGGCGCGUCACUGAACAGAAGGUUCGCGAUCGGAUUGCCACCGGCUCAGACCGGCCCGAUAUUCUCAGUCAGCUCCUAGAGUGUGAGAAGGAUUCUACAUCCGAGUCCAUGACCCGCGAGGAAAUGGAGGUUAACGCAAUGAUGCUGGUCGCUGCAGGCAGCGAAUCAGUCACAACUGUGUUGUCUGGGCUACUCAACUACCUCCUGCGCAAUCCGAAGGACCUUGCUGCUGUCACAGGCGAAGUCCGUACUUCUUUCAGUACUGACGACAGGAUCACAGGGUCAAGAUUGAAAAAGCUUCCCCUUCUCAAUGCAGUAUUGAACGAAGGUAUGAGACUCUGUCCAACGAUCCCGGACUCCAUGCGCCGCAAUGUACCUCCUGGGGGAGCCACUGUCGCUGGCGAGGUGCUUCCUCCCAACACGGUUGUUUCCGUCCCGCCAUGGGCCAGCUACAGGGCCAAGCGGAACUUCAACGAGCCGGAGCGCUUCAUGCCUGCACGGUGGCUCAGCGACUCGGAUAGCGGCUUGCGGGACGACAAGGCAGCAUUCAACCCUUUCUCUCUCGGUCCGCACAACUGUCCUGGACAAAAUUUGGCCUGGCUUGAGCUGCGGUUGAUCCUGGCAAAACUUCUGUGGGCUUUUGAUUUAUCCGUCGCCUCGGGUAUAGAGCUACCGAGGUGGGAAGAGCAGGGUAUCUGGUGGUUCUGGGAAAAGCAACCCACUGUUAUCCGCCUGACCCGGCCGCGCUGAUGCCGCUCAAAAGAGGCAAGGCCCCGAGUCAUUUUAAGACUCUCGGCCACUGUUAGGGAAAAACGAAGUAGAGCCCCCCCUGCUAAAUUCACAUUCCCGUACAGACUACAACAAAAUCACAAAAAGAUAAACUUCCUAAAUAUAGUCUCAGUAUAAUAGAAACUAUUAUGAAAAGAAAGAGGUUCUUUUAAGACUUCUUUUUCACAUUUUAAUUUAGAGCUCUAUGUAUGAAAGUAAGAUCUUGUAACUGGUUCGCUUCCAUUCCGCAUAUGCCCGAGGACAUACAUGGGGCCUUCAUAUAGUGGUA